GUACGCUGCAGUGCUGUGGACUGGCUAGGUCGGUACAUCGUGCGGGAUUUGUGUAUCUCCGGCCACACGUCGCAGGCCCACGUAGAAAACCCAUUGCAUGCAAACAGUGCACGCGGCUGUAACACACACACACAGCACACGUUACUGCAUGCUGUUUUGUGAAAUAAUGACUUCUCCCACAGAAAACCGCCUGAAACAACUGGAAAUCAUUGAAAACGACAUCGCUAAUGUGGUCUUAAAUGCAGGUCGUGCUGUCGGUGAACUCAGUGAGGACAAACCUAAUGAACAUUUGACUGAGCAUUAUACGAGACAGUUCCUCAAGACCUUGGAGAAGGUUGAAAAAUCGCUGUCGGAGCAAAUAAACUACUUGUCACAAGUUGCAACUGGUCAACCACACGAGGGCUCAAGUUACUCUGCCCAGAAGGAUGCCCAGAUGGCAAUUCAUCGUCAAGAGCAUCUCAAGAGUGAACUGAAUGAACUUGGCAAAAUCUGCGGAGCCAGCGAAGGGCAGUAGUUGACUUCAAGAAUCAUUCGGUA